UCCAUGACCCGCCGCUCCAGAGCUCCGUCCGUUCUCCCUCUCCACCGCAGUACGUGGUUUGGAGCCACGUAUAUAUGGCCCACGCGCUCCCGCACCGGCCGCAUCGGCGACAACCUGAAUCAGUGAACACCAAGAACAAGAGAGGCGAGAGAUGAAGGUGCUGGUCGCGCUGGACGACAGCGGCGGGAGCCACCACGCGCUAGACUGGGUGCUCCGCUGCCUCUUCCCCGCCGGCGACCAGCCGGCGACGGAGGAGGCCCGGCAUGAGCUGGUGCUCGUCCACGCCCUGGAGCCGCUCCACCACGCCAUGUGCCCGGUCGGCGGGCCAGGGUCCGCGGUGUACGGCGCGCCGGCGAUCAUGCAGUCGGUGCGAGCGGCGCGCAAGGAGAGCGCACGCAGCCUGCUCGACAGGGCCAAGCGGGUCUGUCACACAAGAGGGGUGAGCGCGGCGGCGGUGCUGGUGGAGGGGGAGUCCAGGGAGGCGCUGUGCCGCGCCGCGGAGGACGCGGGCGCCGGCGCCGGCCUGCUCGUCGUGGGCAGCCGCGGGCUCGGCGCCGUCGGGAGGGCGUUCCAGGGGAGCGUGAGCGACUACUGCGCGCACCACGCGAGCUGCCCGGUCAUGGUUGUCCCGCCGCCGCCCGUCGAUAAGGAUGGUCAGCGGACGAGGUCAUCUCCAAUCAGAUGCCAGUCACCAUGUUUUCAACAGGGGUGCUUAAUGGCCGAAUGAUCGUCGCGCGUUUGUCAUCGGGGCUUUUCAUUUCACUGCCCCGUAUGCCUACGAUCGAUGUUCUAGCUUGGUGUCAACGGAUCGAGUAGCGUUCACUAAUAAAAAAAUCACCAUGAUCAAUGUCAACCCCGCUGCUACAGAGUACAGACACUAUGAGAAAAACAUUUGUUGUCUCGUGUUUCGCCGUAAGCCGAGUGUAAUUUGUCGGCCGCUCGGCCUAUAUCAAUGUAAACCGGGUACAAACCCUAAAACACACGCAAA